AUGUUUGAAACCCAUCACCCUUCAAAAUCACUUAGGUCAGCAGAUAAAUCCCAACUGGUACAACCCAGAGCCCGCACCAAGCACGGAGAGGCUGCCUUUAGCUGCUAUGCGGUCCGUCUCUGGAACUGUCUUCCAAUAGACAUGAAGACCUCUCCCACCAUUUCCAUUUUUAAAUCCAGAUUAAAAACUAAACUUUUUCAUGAUGCCUUCCAUCAACCUAUCCUUGCAUCUGUGCUCUACCAGGUCUUUAUCUCUCAAAAUGCUGCAGCCCGCAUCAUCACUAGAACACCUUCCUCUCAGCACAUUACGCCUGUUCUUGCAGAGCUUCACUGGUUACCUGUAAGAAGCUUCUCAGACAGCACCGACCGCCACGCAGCCUGCGCUCAACGACCAGUAACCUACCUGCGACACCGCUCGUACGCCUAUUCACCAUUUGGCUCACAGGUCAUCAUAAUAUCUGAGCAGUUUCUCACUCGACCGUCGUUCAGUCUGCCGAGCCCGCAGCAGCAGCAGCAGCAGCAGCAGCCGCAGCAGCAGCAGCAGCAGCAGCAGCAGCAGCAGCCGCAGCCGCAGCAGCAGCCGCAGCAGCAGCAGCAGCAGCAGCAGCAGCCGCAGCCGCAGCAGGUGGGGACACCUAACAGGAGCAUGAAGGACCUGAGCUGGGUUCUGAUCUGGGUGGUUCUGACUUCUGUCUGGACCUCAUCAACAGGAGACGUGGAGGUGUUCUGUGUUUUCCAUCAGAGCUGCAUCUUACCGUGCAGCUUCCACGGUGCUUCUGAAACCGUGAUCCACUGGACUCAUCUGGCAGCAGGAGAAUCGGCGGUCCACUCUUAUUAUGAUGGUGAAGACCAGCUGGGACGCCAGGACCAGAACUUCAGAGGCAGGACGUCCCUGUUCCAGGAUCAGAUCUCCAGAGGAAACGCCUCCCUGCUGCUGAGAGGAGUUCAGGUCCAGGAUGGGGGGAGGUACAGAUGCUCCUUCAGCAUCACAGAUGCUGACAUGUCCUUCGUUAAUGUCAUGGUAGAAGCUCCAGUCUCUAAGGUGAACAUCACUGAGGUAGACGACGGGCUCAUCUGCAGCUCAGAGGGGAUCUACCCUGAACCUGAACUCACCUGGUCCACCGUCCCUCCGUCCAACAUCAUCCUGAAGAGCACAACCAUGGUGAGGCUGGCUGAGCAGCAGCUCUACAGCAUCAGCAGCUCUCUGACGGUUUCAGAUGGUUCUGAUCAGGUCUACAUCUGCACCGUCAGAACCAGCAGGAGCAGCAUGGAGGCUGUAACUCGGGAGAAAACUAAAACAGUUUGGAGUAUUGGACUGAUAGUUCUGGUGGUUCUGCUGGCGGCGCUGAUGGGGGUGCUGCCGUGCAUCUGUGAGAAACUCAAAAAGCCCCAGAGAGCAGAAGAACCUCCUCGCCUCAGAGCCUCGUGUCACACAGAGCAGCAGGAUGAAGGGAUCAGACCUCACGGAGGCCAGGGCGAAGAAGACGCCUGUUUAGGAGAAGACAGAAUCACAAUUCAACAGGAAACCAAAUCAGUGUAAAAUCUACACAGCUGGACCAAGGUUGUCACGGAAACGACAGGAAGAUCUGACAGACAGGCGAUGAAACAAUCAGCUGGACUUCUUUUCUUUCAUAUUAUUAAUUUAUUAAAUAAGAAAUUUGAGCGAGAUUCAUAUUUUAAUCGUCUGAAAAUCCGAACACGGAAUCUGGGAAGACUGAACGGACUGGACCAGGCUCUAAACCGGAACACAUCCUCACAACCUAAGCGUCGAAAAAUGACGCGUGUGACCAAGCGUUUGUUUCCGACGCGUGAGGAGAGCCCCGACGCGCUGCCAGAGCGUCGGUAUCUGACGCCCGCGGUAAAACGGACGUUUGAGCGAAUUGUGACCUUUACCCUCUUGUGAUUUAACCUUUCCCCCCACCCCCAUCCUAACCUUAGGCAGCUUGCACAUGCAAAGCUUUGUUUCGCGUCUCAUCGUUCCUCUCAAACACGCUUGACGGAAAAUUUAGACUGAUACUGGGUUAAGGUUAGGGGUGAGGGGUCAGAGGUUAUGUAGUGCUAACACAAUGAAGUAAAGUCUGCCUUUGCAGGCGUUCCAGCUCUCACAGCAUGAUUACGCCCUCCAGGCGAGGCAGACCAACCAGAGAAAACCCUCUAAACCAAUCCAACAAGGCCAGCAGGUGGCAGUGCAUCACUGUGAAGAUAAAACAUCUAAUUACAAACUACACUAAUUAUCAACAAGCAUUUAAUACCUAAACCAUGUUACCUGUGUGAUGUAACGGCUCCAUGCACACAUCCUCUCAGUCCAACAAUCAACUGUGUUGUCUGCACUAAAACUCUGUGGAUUAAGAUCAAUCGUCCUUCGUUAAAACGGCUACACAAUCACCCAUAACAUCCAAAAAUGUCCACCAAACACUUCAGGUGAGACCGGCCAACGGCCUGGCCUCCCACAGGAAACUGGCAGUUACCAGCCAACAGCUGGUUCCACUUUAAAUAACUUACUGGGCCAGUGACACCCACUGCAGCUAGAGGGCGCUGUGCCAGAGCGUCCCCUCCCGACGCGCAGGGGCGCCCUAUGCGUCAGAAACAAACGCUUGGUCGCACCGCGUCAGUUUUCCACGCCCAGGGUGUGAGAACAUGUUCUCGUUUCCCUUCCUAAAGACGACUGUUUUUAAUUCUUUACGUAUAAAUAAUCAGAAGAUGUUUGUUCCCUCUGGUUCAGAUAAAAGGACAAAAUUAUAAAUGAUUAAAUCAAACACUGUCAUGUAAUGUUAGGCCUAUGCCUAGGCUGCUUAGGGAUGGGUACCUUUGACAUUUGAAUCGAUUCGGUACUAAUUCCCGGUACCUAGGAAUCGAUACCGGUACUUAACGGUACCAAUUUUCGAUACUUUUGAGUGUUUAUUAUUUUAAUUCUCUUUUAUAAUAAUAUAUUUUCUCAAUAUAUAACCAUAUUUGAUAAAUAUCACGAUAAAUAACAUACAACUGUGUGUAUUUUAACAUCGUCCUUGUAGUUUUAUAAGCUGAUAAUUAAACUGAAGCAAACAUCUUUACUGUGAACUAAAUUUACUGUGUAUCUUCAUUCCUUUUGCCGUCCUUUUUCUUUGAUUUUUCCUACUGGGAAGUUAGAAUUUCCGAGGAGAAAGCGAACACACCAUUAGCUGAUAACAACAGUGGCAAUGGAAGCUAACAUACCAAGCUAACGUUAUCUUAAACAGUUUAUUUAGCUGCCGGAGCAGAUUAAAACGAUGAUGCCUCACACUUAGAUCGUUGUCACUGGUUUCAUCUUCACCCAAUCACCCGUCACAUUUAGUAAAGUGAAGCCAAACUUUAGAGCGCGUUCAUGUUCUUCUAGUCGGAAAUUCGGAGUUCCGAGGAGAAAGCGAACGCACCAUUAGUGGAACGGAAGCUAACAAAUCAAGCUAACGUUAUUGUAAACAUUAUAUUUACCUACCGGAGCAGAUUAAGAUGAGGAUGUCUCACUUAGAUCGUUGUCGCUGGUUUCAUCAUCACCCAGUUACCCAUCACAUUUAGUGAAGUGGACCCAAGCUUUAGCGUGCCUUCUUUCUACCAUGCUGCUCUGUUUACAACUCGCUCGCAGCGACCGACGACAUAACGCUCUUGCGCAUGCGCAGCUGUCUAGGCAAGUUCUCGUUGUGAAGGACGGGUACCGAAAUGAGGCACCGUUUCAAAUGACGUGAAUCGGUGCUCAGUCGGUACUGUGGAAUUCGGUCGGUACCUUAAAAAGUACCGAAUUCGGUACCCAUCGCUAAGGCUGCUAGCCCCAUGUUGUUCAUUACUGCUGCAAUAAUAGAAUAUACUCCAUUAAAAAGGACAUGAGUUUUGUAUCAACUCUCA